UUGUUCUAUAAAAAGGGAAAGAGUCCCUCAACUUCAGAUACAUGUUGUUUGUGAUUUCUAAAUUGAAGUUCCCAAAUAACAUACUCAUCUUCCUCUUCUCUUAUUCAUCCAAUUUUAUUCUUCCCCAAAACCAUGUCUCUUCUUACAGAUCUCAUCAAUCUUAACCUCUCUGACUCCACUGAGAAGAUCAUUGCUGAAUAUAUAUGGAUUGGUGGAUCUGGUAUGGACAUGAGAAGUAAAGCAAGAACACUUAAUGAACGUGUGACUGAUCCUAAAAAGCUUCCAAAAUGGAAUUAUGAUGGAUCCAGUACUAAUCAGGCUCCUGGUGAAGAUAGUGAAGUCAUUUUAUACCCACAAGCUAUCUUCAGAGAUCCAUUCAGAAGGGGCAACAAUAUCCUUGUCAUGUGUGAUGCCUAUACUCCACAAGGAGAGCCAAUCCCAACCAACAAGAGACAUAAUGCUGAAAAGAUAUUCAGCCAUCCAGAUGUUGUUGCCGAGGAACCAUGGUACGGUAUCGAACAGGAGUACACCUUGUUGCAAAAGGAUGUUAACUGGCCCCUUGGUUGGCCUGUAGGGGGUUUUCCUGGUCCACAGGGCCCGUACUACUGUGGUGUUGGUGCUGAUAAAGCUUUUGGAAGGGACAUUGUUGAUUCACACUACAAGGCUUGCCUCUAUGCCGGAAUUAACAUUAGUGGAAUCAAUGGAGAAGUUAUGCCCGGACAGUGGGAAUUUCAAGUCGGCCCGUCUGUUGGAAUCUCUGCUGGAGACGAGUUGUGGGUUGCUCGUUACAUUUUGGAGAGGAUUACCGAGAUUGCUGGAGUAGCUCUUUCUUUUGAUCCAAAACCAAUUCCAGGUGACUGGAAUGGUGCUGGUGCUCACACCAAUUACAGCACUAAGUCGAUGAGGGAAGAUGGGGGCUACGAGGUGAUUAAGAAGGCCAUCGAGAAGCUCGGGUUGAGGCACAAAGAGCACAUCUCUGCUUAUGGAGAAGGAAACGAACGUCGUCUCACUGGUAGACACGAAACCGCCAGCAUUUCCACUUUCUUGUGGGGGGUAGCCAACCGAGGAGCAUCAGUUCGUGUUGGACGAGACACGGAGAAGAAUGGCAAAGGAUAUUUUGAAGACAGGAGGCCGGCUUCUAACAUGGACCCAUAUGUCGUUACAUCAAUGAUCGCGGAAACUACUCUUCUUUGGAAGCCAUAGAGCGGCCACGAGCUUAAUAAAGUAAUUUGCUAUCAACCAGCAGAUCGAAUCGCGUCUUGUGUUCUGCAUCUGCCUAUUCAAGUUGUUCGCCUUUUGGUUCAUUUUUUACACUUCCAUUCAGACCGAUAAUCAUGUACAAACCGUUGCUUGCUGUUUGCUGUGCGCGGGUAAUAACAUCAAAUCCUUUGUCGCAUCGACAAUAUUGAAAAUAACAUUGUACCCUUAUUUCUUCCUAGAAAAUAUGGGAAGUCAGAGAGGAUCAUUUCUCUGCCAUUAUUGUGCGUGAAUUUUUUUCGCAUUGUUUGUAAUUUAUGGUCUUCAAAUCUGUGACCCUCAUCUCAAUCUUAAUAAGCUAUUAAUCGUAUGUAGGUGUUUUCAAGCA